AUCUAAUGAUAUGACGGUUUUAUCUUCAAAUAUCGAUAACAGUUAAAUUUGUUUGUGAUUUAUCUAAAUGUACACUACAUUUAUUUGACCAAUAUACUUUUUUAUUGUGUAGCAUUUAGGGAAGAUAAUCUAAGAGACAUUAGGUAUUUUAAUCGUAGCAAAGUGGGGAAAUGAUCAAUUUAGAUUUAUUUGUGCGUAGAAUUCUAGUUGGAAUUUUCGUAUUGUGUACAACUGCACAGGCCCAAAGACAUUUUCUAUCUAUAGAAGACCUUGAAGAAUUUUACGACCUGGAAGAAAAACUUGUGAAAACAUUUACCACCUAUUUAGAAGAACAAAAACAGAUUCUGCAAGCUGUUAGCCAACAUUAUGAAGAACAGCAGAAGCACCAGCCCAAGAUCAACAAUCCAGAUGAAUACCUGGGCAACCCUCUCAAUGUUCAUGCCUUGCUCAAGAGAUUGGUGAAUGACUGGCCCCUCACACUGGUGAUGGUUGGUGGCGCUAUUGCAGAUGAAGAAGAUGAACUGAUUGAUCUUCCCAACAUUGACGACUAUUACGCAGCUGUGCAUAGUAUUGCUCGUCUUCAGCAGGUUUACGGUUAUUCUAUUGAGGCAUUAGUAUAUGGGUCACCUUUUCAUGGCACUGACAAUACAUCUCUGCUGACAGUUGAUGACUGUUUGGCAGUGGGUAAAGACUUGUUCAAGAAUCAUCACUAUCAUUUGGCCGUAGACUGGUUCAAGGAAGCGUUGGCUCAAGCAGCCAAUAAGACCAAGGAGAAGAACGUGUUAGCAACCAAAGAGAGUGAUUAUGAAACUUUUGUACCUGAAAUGGGACAGAUUUAUGAGUAUACAGCUCUGGCUAUUUGUUUUACAGGAGAUGAAAAACUGGCAAGAAAGUAUUUUAAAAAGUUGUACCACGAGUUUCCAGAAUUCCGCCCAACCCAGGAGCUGAUUAAAGAUCAUCUUCUGGCAAUCAAUGAUACUUGUAAGAAACUGACUGAUAACGAAUCAUUAAAGCCAAUUGAUCAUAGAUUACAGCUGGCAUGGGAAGAGGAUGCACAGCUAUCAAGCAACUAUUCAAAACUGUGUCGAGCCAAGAGCUCUCCAUCCAAAACUCUGAGGUGCCACUUGGGUGGUCAAGAAGAUCCGCGUUGGCUCUUGAGACCUUUCAAGAUAGAGUAUCUUCACCUGAAACCAGACGUUUACUUGACAUAUGAUGUCAUUCAUCAAACUGAGAGUGAAUUUCUCAUGCGAGAAAUGAUUGACGACAGUAAGAAAUCUGGGUACACAAACCUGAUUGGACGAGUGCAGCAGUACUGGGGACCUCUCCCAGCGAAUUCCUCAGUCAGUGAAUCUCUUCUUCUCAGAGCAAACUGGAUCGCUGCAGCUAACAUGCACAACACACUAGAACAAACGUAUCUGUCUGCAUUCCCUCCUGGUGGUGAACUUUUGAUUGAUCGGGACAUUUAUUUGACUGAGACUGAGGAUGAACCAGAAGAUAUUUCCAGACACGGAUCCACUAUGUUUUUUCUACAACAGCCCCAGGCGGGGGGUUUGAUGGCGUUUCCCUACCUGGGACUGGCCGUAGCCCCAGUGGCGGGGGCAGCUCUCACUUACCUAAAUGUAGACGAAGAGGAAAACAUAUACGAAAAUAUGGUUUGGGGUUCUUGUCCUGUCAUACAAGGACGUAAGACUACUCUAAACAUGUGGUUUCAACGUUUUCGCUGAGGAAAAUUUUUUAAAGUAAAAUUAUGUUUCAACAAUAGUUUUGGGAAAAAAGGCUAUUUCAUGGUAAAAAUAGUUUAAUGUGUUUUUUUAAAUCAACAAAAAAUACAGCCCAAAG